ACCCCCGCUCGUAACCGACUAAAUUCGUCGGCUGCCUCAGCUCUCCUCAUUCACCUCGCCGGGACCCAAGAAUCCAAGAUCGCCAAGAUACAGGGGUCUCUGGACCUGCCGACAAUCGCGUCUCCUCUGGAGCCAAACCAGCGCCGGCGAGCACCCAUGGACCAGUUCCCCGACGGCCACCACGUGCGGCGCGACGACGAGGAUGGGGAGGGCGCCGCCAUACGCCAGAGUCGCGUCUUGCUGAACGGGACUCUGGUCAUCCAUGGCGGCGUCCUGCACACCGGGGCUGCCACAGGCGCGCCCUCACGAGGUGGCGGCGCGGACCUCCGCCCCGGGGAGCUCCGCCGGAGCCUCGCGCCGCUCGACGCGCCUCCCGCGGUCGACUUCCACCACGAGGAAGGCGUGUACACCGGCGCAACCUACGGCUGCCACCUUCGUUUCCAGUUCUUUGCGACUCAACUAUCCCGGCGAGCACCGAUGGACCAGUAUUGGUUCCACGACGGCCACCACGUGCGGCCACGGAGCCGCGGCCUGCUGCGGGACGACGACGACGACGACCGGGAGGACGCCGCCAGACGCCAGAGCGGCGCCUUGCUGAACGUUCCACCGGCCAUCCGCGGCGGUGGCCUACGCGCCGGGGCUUCCGCGGGCGCGCCCGCACCAGGUGGCACGGGCAUCCGCGCCGGGGAGCUCGGCGGGAGCCACGCCCACGCGUCGCUGGGCGCGCCUCUCGCGGCCGACUUCCACGACGGCGACGUCGUCUACCUUGGCGCCUGCUUCUUUCCGACUCAGCGAUCCCCGCGGGCACCGAUGGACGGCGACGGGCAGCACGUGCGGCCGCGGAGCCGCGCGCUUCUGACCGACGACGAGGAUGACGGCAACCUCGCCGCCACGGGCGGGUCUCGUGCUGGCCGCCGGAUCUUGGGGCGGCAGCAGUACUUGGUGCAGCGCCGCCGCGGCGACUCCGGCAGCGGCGGGGUCGCCCUCAUCCGCACAGGGAGGCUGGUUUGCUGCUUCGGGUCGGCAGACGAUGGCAACGACGCUAUGCUCAGCACGAGUGCUAACGCCAUCACGGCCAGCACCGCUGCUUCAGCUGAUGUCGGGGGAGUGAAGGCGGCGAUGGACGUGAUGUUGGCGCGUGGGAGGUACGACGGGGGCGGGGUGGCGAUCCGACUCAGGGUGGCCACCGACAUUGGGGCCACAUACUGGUUUCUUGAGAUGAAGGACUGGAUCGGCGAGCUCAUGGGUUCACCACGACAGUAUCGACCGAUGGAGUCGUGGAGCUGGAUAGAUAUUAUGGGACGUCCAAUCGGCCAGGACAAGGGCUCGUGCGCGCUGAGCGCCUGCCUGAUGUGCUUGGAGGCCCAGCACCGGCUGGCUUUUGAGAGGAGGCACGGCAGCGAUACAUUUCCGUAUGCCAUCCCUCGUGAGACGGCCGGAGACUUGCUGGUGACAUGCAAGAAGUCCGGCGUGUGGACACGUAAGGAAGGCGCCAUUGUUGGCAAGGUGCUGGAGGCAAUACAGCGGAACGGCGGGGCUGUGGCUUGGCACGAGGAAGGCUUGGAGCACUGCCAGCUACAGAUCAAGUCAUGGGAGCGACUGCCCUCACUAUCCAGCUCCAGCCUCGCGCGUAUCAUGCGCACAGAGGGCCCACUCAUUGGUUGCUUGGACGUUGUACGAGCAGAUUACUACGCCCCUGGGUGGCAGACGCGAGUGUACACAGGAGGGUCGGGCAAGAAGAAGGCGGUGGGUCACGGUGUGGUUUGCAUGGAGUACCGACUGGACGGCGAGCUGAUCCGGGUGGUCGACAACCACAACUGGCAAGGGCCUGUUCGCUGGAUCUCAAAGACCGCCUUCUGGGGCUUUACCCAGAUCAAGGUUGAGCCUUUGGACGCCGGCGCUCUCGGCAUUGAGGUGAGCUGGCGGCGCCGCCUGCUGCGCAUGCUCUGGAGGGAAGAGACCUUCUGGUGGCGCCAGCGCCGUACUCUCAGCGAGGUUUGGAACAUGCACCACUAGCUACUCUAGGUGUUGGAAUUUGGAUAUCCAUGUCAUCUAUGGUGCUCCUGUAAAGAAUGAAUUGAACAACA